AUGAUCAGUGGCAGAGAAGAAGUGGACAUCGAUCUCAACGUGAUUAAAACAGUUAAUGUAAUCUGUAAUGAUCCAGACGCCACUGAUUCCUCUAGCGAUGACGAUGAAGUCAAAACCGGAAACAAUAGUACUCGCCGUCGUCAGAUCAAGCCAAAACCACCGAAACGUUUCACCUCAAAGAUCUGUGUCCAGACGCUGAUCAAAAGGUACGAGAACGUUUCGAAUUCUACAGGGAUCAAAGCAGCCGGGAAUAGGAAAACGUCGUCGGGAUUCAGAGGCGUUAGGCGGCGGCCGUGGGGGAAAUUCGCGGCGGAGAUACGAAACCCGUUUGAGAAGAAGAGGAUGUGGCUUGGAACGUUUCCUACCGAAGAAGCAGCAGCAGAAGCGUACCAUAGAAUUAAAAGAGAGUUUGAUGAACAAUUAGCUUUAGGUAAAGCGGAGGUAGACCUAGCAGAUUUAACCAAGCCGUGUGGUGUAUGUAAACGGGAAGACAAGGAAGUUAAAUCAACCAAGUCGUCGGUUGCAACUCGGUCGGCUAAUAACAAAAAGGUAAAUAAGAUAAAUGUUGUUGAGAAGACCUUUUGUUCUAGUUACGUUGAUGAAGACGAGGGAAUGAUUAGUAAAAUGUUGGAAGAUCCGUUAAUGACAUCGUCGAUUUCGGAUAUUUUUCCUGAUUCGGUCGUUGGAUCGAAUGAUAUUUGGAUAGAUAACAAUCCAACGGAGUUUGAUUCGAUUUUCAAUGAGCUAAAGUUUGACAUCCUAGAGGAUGAUACAACAACAGGCAACGAGAAAACCUUUGGAUUUAAGAUUGGGGAUAACACUAUUGCAAAUAUUUUCGACGAGGCUGAUUUGCGUGAUUUUGAUCAGUUGGCGAAUGAUUUUCAGUUAGAAGAUCUUCAGUUAGAAGAUUUUCCGAUGGAUGAUUUUGGGUUAUUCGGAGUGCCUGAUGAUUAUAGUUGGUUUAAUGGUACCGCUGAUUGGAUUGAUAAGAGUUUAUGA